AUGGAAGAAAAACAAAAACAUAGAGAUCAUUACGUUUUCAAUACAAUUUCUGCUAAAUUGCAGCCUAAGUUUGAUAGCUAUAUUGUACAGAUCCACCAAUUUUCUCAAGAAUUGACUUACCUGUUAACGAUUGCUGAAAAUGAUAGAGUCUUUGCAGAAAACAAUAAAGAUGAUAUCGAACAAAUAAAAGAAGCAUUAGGCAAAUCUGCUAAUUGUGAAAAUAAACUGAGCAGAAGCAUAAUGACACUUCAUACCCUAGCUCAGGAAAUAGAUGAGCAGUUAAACUGAACUUGAAAAAUUUUAUUUUCUUGUCAAAAUGAAAUAAAUAAAGUGUAUUUUAUAUUAAAUGAUUUUAUUUCAGAAGAAAAAGAAAAAUUGACAUCGAAGUCUCAAGAGAUUGCAAAUGAGUGCAGAAUUCAAUAUUCACAAUUAAUAUGAAAAGAAGAAGGAAAUAAUGAGGAAGUUAUCGAUAAAAAUCUAUUUAGGACUCCAAAAGUAUUGUUUAACAAUUCUAUAAGUUCUCAUGUAUGCAAAGAGCAGGCUGAAAUAUCAUUUAGCUGUACAAAAUUACAAUUGAGAGGAGCCCAUGUGUGUAAAAAAAGUGUGCAGCAUGUAAUUGAUGUAUUUAAUUAUAAUGCUCAGGUGCUUGCUAAUUUUAAUAAUUUGCAAAAAGUGCUGCUUUAUUUAAAGCUGACGUUGGAAAAGAUUGAUAAAAUAUUCAAGACUAUUAUGGGUGCAGGUCAAAUGACUUUGCCUUUUUGAUAGUGUCCAUUUCACCCAAAAUUGAUCGAAAAUUUUUGAUAGUGAGACAUUUGACCGAAAAAACCCGUUAAUUUUUGGCCAAAUGCCCGCACUAUCAAAAAUUUUCGACCAAAUGGAUUUCGAUGAAAUGUACACUGUCAAAAAUCCACGGUCAUUUGACAUGGAGCCGACUAUUAUAGGUCAAGCUAAUAUCAAGAUAAAAAUUUUAGAUCAUAUUGUUGGUGUAAAUAAAACUUUGCUCUUUAAUGAUGACACUUUUGCAGGAUUUAUUGACAAAAUUUCAAGGCAAGAAAAUAAACUAAACGAAGAGCUGUCAAAACUCAACACUUAUAUAACCAAAUUUCCAGCACAAUUGCAAACAUCUGACCAAAGCUGCUUACCAAUUAGUAAUAUCCUUAGCCAAGUGUCCUUAAAAAGCACAAAUUAUGAUAAACUAAAGCAAGCAUAUUCUUUAGGGAAGUCAGUUUCUGCGUUUCUACAGGUUUUAUGUGAGCAAAAAAAAGAAAAUAAGUUCGUAAAUAAUGUGAAAAAAUCAAAUAGAAGAGUAAGCAAAAUUAGGAUUAGCGAAAAAAUUGAUUCAAUUGAUUUUGUUGUUGAGGUUUCUCUAAGAAGACUUAGUCAGCUUAAAAACACAAGUGCAGAAGCAAAUAAAGUUUUUUAUCAUCGACUAAAUAACAAUAUCCUCUAUAAGCUUAUCCAUAUGAAAUCUACAAUUUUAAAAAAAUUCCAACCACACAGCACAGCUAUAAGUUUAUCAAAUGCCAGAAAUAGGCUUACCGAAUUAAUGAGAGCACAUAUAGAUGCCCGAAAAGAAGACCCGCUAAACUGAGACAAAAAUAUCCGAGUCCUUAUGCUGAAGAAAUUUGACUUCGCAUCUAUUGAAAAUAAAGUUCACCAUUCAUAUACUCUAAAUGCAGUAGGAAGCCAUUCUUAUGAAUCAAGCUGAGAGUUGCAAUGCAUAGGAGACGAUAAAUAUUCAUCUGAAAAUUCUGAAGAAGACCAACCUUCUGUUGAAUAUUCUCCAUCAAGCAGUUCUUCUUCAAGUACAGUCUCUGAAAGCGAAUUAUCAGAAAUCUCAGAAAUCAGCUAUAAAAAGACUGAAAUUUUUGAUCAUAACCGAUACCGCAAUAAAAUUCGAGGCAAUCAAGAUUUUAAUAUAUCGUCGUUACAAGACUUAACCAAAAGUUUGAACGCUGAAGUAAAAGAUAUUCAUAAAAAAGGGCUAACAGGAUGGAAAAAAGAUUUAAAAAAUUUGAGAAAAAGAGAAGAAAAAUCUCUCAUAAAUAAUGAAGUCAGAAAACGGUUUAUUUUAGAAAUGGAAAAAAGAAGAGAAUUAAGGAAUAGAACGCUAGAAAACUUGAUGGAAAAAGAAAAGUCGUUUUCCCCUGAGAAAAACAGCAAAAAUAUGACAACAAUAUAUGAAUUACGAUCACAAACCCCAGAGCCAAGCUUACUGACUCAACGAAGUGAGAGAAAUAGAAGCUCACAAAAUGAUAGCCAAUCUAUGAAAUAUUCCAAAAGUAUUGACAUCAUAAAGCAGGUCCAAAACACAGUUUACAAAAAAUCCGUUCAAGACGUUAUAACCAAGCUGGGGAGGCAUAGUGGAGAUACCACUUCUAAUGGCUCUAGAUUUGACCCUGCCACUCGACGUCUUGGAGAAAAACUAAUCAAUCAAAUUUCUGAGCUUACUUAUAUAAACGGUAUGGGGAUGAGAAAAACAAUAUCUUUACUCACAAGAAAAAAGAAAGGAUAUUUACAGCAAAGAAUAGCUUCGAUUCAGCAGGACCGCUCAUUGUCUCCAUUCCUAAAAAUUAAAAGCAUACGAGAUGAGUUUUCUCAGUACGGGAACUCCAAGCCUGUCAUUCCACCUUCUACCACUUCGAUAACGAAGGUGAAAGGGAAAAAUGUUUAUUUAAUGUCACUUAGUUAA